CGUCCGCUCUGUUUUCCGGGUUAGCGAGUUUCUGCAGGUGCCAAUUUAUCCACGUCACUUUGUUUUUGCCUGUGUAGUGUUUACAGCGCGCGCACACACACUCACACACACUCACACUGAAACAUCUUUCCACCUGAUUUAACCCACAUUAUCUGUUACACACCGCAGGCUGCCAUGUCGUUACUAGAAACAGACGACAGUUAUGAUUUCGUCUUCAAAAUAGUUUUGGUGGGGGAUGUCGGUGUGGGGAAAACCUGCGUGGUUCAGCGGUUUAAGACGGGCACUUUCAUCGAAAGGCAAGGCAACACAAUCGGAGUGGAUUUUACAAUGAAGACGAUGGAAAUUCAGGGGAAAAGAGUCAAGUUGCAGAUUUGGGACACGGCAGGGCAGGAGAGGUUUCGGACCAUCACACAGAGCUACUACCGCAGCACAAAUGGCGCCAUAAUCACAUACGACAUCACCAAGAAAGCAUCCUUCAUGGCUGUACCCAAAUGGAUGGAGGACGUCAAGAAAUAUGGCGGCUCAAACAUUGCCACCCUUUUAAUAGGUAAUAAAUCGGACUUAACCGAAGAGCGUGAUGUUUCUUUUGAGGAAGCUCAGGCGAUGGCGCACCAGCUGGACUUCAUUAGCGCCAUCGAAACAUCUGCCAAAGACUCCAGCAACGUGGACGAUGCGUUUAAUAAAAUGGCAGCUGAGCUGAUGCUGAGACACGGAGGGCCCGUGUUCAGAGACAGCGUAACUGACAGCUUCAAACUCAACAGCAAGGACGUGAGCGGUGAUGCCUGGAGCUGUGGCAGCUGUUGAUGCUGGUUUUGGUUCUAACGUUCUUAUUCCUGUUCUUAGCCACGUUGGCCUGUAAUUCAUCACAGGGCUCCUUUGGGUGAAUCACGGCCUAAUCGUCAGUGUUGACCGAAUGAUCAAUCAUUAAUUGAUUAACUGAUACACACCUCCGAUUUUCAGGGAGCAGUAGUUGGCCAUAUCAGGCCCAAAAGUAACUGUGUUUUAAGAAAGAUGAAGUAAAGGGAGUAGUGGAAAAUGCACAGAAAUGAUUAAGAUAGCAGCUGCUUGGAUCUUAUAGGAACUUUGACAAUCCUACUAUGAUUAUAAUAAGAGAAUGAUCAGGUUUCAGCCAAGUUUGAACCACUUUUGGUUUGAUCUGGUUUGACCUGCGUGAAAUUCUCAAACUAGCUUCAUAUUAACUGUAGCUGAAUGUGUUAAAAGUAUAAAUCAGUCUGUUCUUCUUGUUGAUUGAAUCUGGAGAAAGUGGAAUAAGGUGAGAAUAGUCUCAUUUGCCACUGUUUUCUCCAGGUGACAUAUUUAACUCCUUAUCGUUAGUACUGAACCUACAGCUGAGGUACUUUUAUUAAUAUAUGUAUUAUUACAUCCCAGUGAGCAUCUGCUAACAAGAAAUGGCGAUGAAUUGCUGUCUAAUAAAUAGUCAAUUUAAUGGGUCAGCCGAAACAGGCUGAAUUUUUGGCUGAACUAUCUCUUGGCCCGUAAAAUGCAGGUAUUAGUCUAUUUUGGACUGCCUUGGAUACUAAAGAUGCCCAGAUCCAGCGCUGAGAUUUUGAGUCUACAGCCAACACUGACCUUAAAAACGCUGGACUGAUAUUGGAUCACAUUUGACAAAUUUUCCAAUCCAAUCUACCGUGGUACUUUAUACACUUUUCAAAUACAUUUUAUUUGUAUAGCACUUUUGACAGUAGACAUUGUCACAGAUGAGCUUGACAGAAAUCUGGGCUUAGAUCGAGACCCCUAAUGAGCAACCCAGAGGCGACAUGGCAAGGAAAAUCUCCAUGACGACUGAUUCAGCACUCUUACAGCACAUCGCCAGAAUGCCUCGGAAAUGUCUCAUAACUUCUCAGCUGAAGCUUUCAGAGAGUCGAAUCAGUGUCUGAGAGAAUUCAUAUCAGAUACACUUUACUCAAAACUCUGAUAUCAGUGUAUCCUUACUAAAUAUACUUACUUAACUGGUCCAUUUUAAGUUUGAGGUCCUGUAUAUGACCACGACAGUCAACUUUUCUACGUCCCUUGAAACGCUUUCACUCUAGCCAAAACCUGAAUGUCUGCCAAAACGUAUUCUUUGUCUUUGAACCAUCUUUGUGCUCACUGGCAUAAUUACACAAAGACAAUCUGGUAUCAGGUGUCUUAUACUAUUAAACUGGAAACAUGUUGAGCCUAUAGGGUUUAAAAAUCCCUGGCUGUAUUGUUAGCAUUACAAUGUUAACAUGUAUUUAUAUCAUAAAGACUAUAUUAAGAAAAUAGCAUAUGAAUAAGGGAAAGCUGAAAUAAAAUGAGAAAUAGAUUUAUGCUUUUCACAUGAAUGAAACUCUCUUUAGCAAAUAGUAAUGUUUUAACAGGUUUUUAAUAAGAAUAUGAAGGUAUUGUUUUUGAAUGUAUUAGAAAAUUUGUGUUUCUUUUUUUUCUUUUAAAUUCUUUUAAAACAUUUCCUAUAUAUUUUAAAAAUUCCAUACUUUUUAUUUCACAGACUGGUUAGGAUGAAAGGGGCCAUAUAAUUAAUGAAUUAAAAAAACUUUUAUUAAUGAAGACUUUUAUUGAUCUCAUACAAUAACUGAAAAGAAGGUUAAAGGACUAAUUGCAUCUCAGACCACAUAUUUAUAAUAUUUAUGUCCACAUUUUUCAUGAACGAAGGUUUAAAAAUCACUUUAAUACAUGUUUAAUAUUUCUAGUAAACUUUUUGUGAAAUACAUAAUUUAUACACAGUAUAUAAAAGACAAUACAUUUUUUGCAGAGUAAUUUUUACAGUUUUUAGAAGAUGUAUUACAUUUUGCAUUUUUGUGCUAAACCGUUUGUACUUGGUUUUGGAUAUAGAGCCACUGGCUUUAAAGUGAAUGAUAAAAAAAUGUUCCUGAUUUAGUCUAAGUGCCUUUAAUACAAUUUGGAUAUUGUUAGACUGAUGAUGUAGUCUUUUUUUUUAGGUAUAUAAAAUAUAACUAUGCAUUUUUAUCAUGGUGUUUGAUCAAACAAUUUUUUUCUUCUCAAAUGACAUUAUUUUUUGUAUGCACAAUAAUUUAAUGUUCUAAACGUUAGCUGUUCAUAUUGAGUUCUCAAUGCAUUAUUUUAUGAAUAAAACUGUUGGAGCAUAAAUGCUGA